AUGGCGAAACACAAUGUCCAACAGAAACUAGAAUUAGCUAAAUUUGAAGCUGAAGAGAGACAAAAAGAAUAUGACAGACAGAUAGCUUUAAAUCGCUUGGAGGUGGAGAUGGAGGUGAAACGCUUGGAAGCAGAGGCGGAGAAGCACCGCUUGGAGAUGGAAGCGGAGGCGGAGAAGUUCCGCUUGGAGGCAGAGAUACGUCUCAUGGGGAAAGGAGAAGGCGAAAAUCAAACAUCCGUCACCAAGUUCAUCCUCCUAGGAUUUGGAAAUGUCCCAGAACUGCAGGUUCUUCUCUUCCUGGUGUUUCUAGUGAUCUAUGUGGUGACCAUGGCCAGGAACAUCCUCAUCGUUGUGCUAGUUGUGGCUGAUCAGUGCCUAUACACCCCUAUGUACUUCUUCCUGGGGAACUUGUCCUGCUUGGAGAAUGGCUACACCUCCACCCUCCUGCCCAGGAUGCUGGCCAGUCUCCUUACUGGGGAUAGAACCAUUUCUGUUGGUGGCUGUAUUAUGCAAUUAUAUUUAUUUGGUUCUUUAGUAGGUGCAGAAUGUUGUCUCCUAGCAGUGAUGUCUUAUGACCGGUAUUUAGCCAUAUGUAAAUCUCUGCAUUAUUCAACCAUUAUGAAAGGCAGCUUCUGUCUCCAUCUAGUAGUUGGGUCAUGGCUAUUGGCAUUUGUGGCUAGUAUUACCUUGCUUGUAUGUUUGAUUUCACAAUUAAUAUUCUGUGGCCCUAAUGAAAUUGACCAUUUCUUUUGUGACUUUACCCCAAUGAUAAAGCUUUCUUGUAAUGAUACCAACCUGGUCAUAUUGGUGAGUUUCAUACUCUGCUCCACAGAUGAGCUUUCCCCAUUUCUAUUAACAGUAACAUCCUAUAUUUCAAUCAUCACCACAAUCCUGAGAAUCCCUUCCACCACCGGGAGGAAAACAGCAUUUUCUAUCUGCUCAUCUCACCUCAUGGUGGUGACAAUUUUCUAUAGGACCCUGAUAAUUGUCUAUGUGCUCCCAGAUGUUGCUGCACUGAGAGACCUGAACAAAGUGUUCUCUGUCUUCUACACCGUCCUGAAUCCCAUGGUCAACCCCCUCAUCUACAGCCUGAGAAACAGAGAGGUCAAGGAAGCCAUGAGGAAAGUCAUCCAAACUAUGCCGCACUCACAAAAAUUUGGAUGGAUUGACUGA